AUGUCGUCCUAUCUCGAAAGGCAGGCAAACGCCUUCAAGGGCACCCUUUCAGCAGCAGCGACAAAGAUCUCAAAUCCAUCAACAAACAAGGCUUCAUCUCUCGCCGUUCCUUCGCUUGCUCCUCCUUCGCCAUCUCCUUCAGCAGCCUCCGAUCCAAACACUCCUACUGCCAAGCGAAAACGAGAUGCAGGCCCCGAGGUGCCCUACUCGCAGCCGCAGCUCACAGGCUAUGGUGCUGGAGUCAAGACACAAAUGACCUAUGCUGUCGAUUACUUGAAAAAGAAGGGCGACGCAAAGACCAUCACUGAUAUUAUCGACCAUCUGAGUUUGAGGAAUUUUGACGAUGAGCACAAGCGACAACUCGCGGAAGGACUACGAGGCCAUCCACGUAUAGAGUGGAAGCCUGAUGCAAACCUAAGCGAACAGACCUGGAAGACUGGUACCUAUGUCCACCGACCUAUCAUUCCUGGAGUCAAGGACGCAACCACCCUUCUCGCUCAUCUUCAAGCCAAGACAGACGCCUCAGGUGUGUCAGUGAAGGACCUCAAGGACGGCUGGCCCGACUGCGAAGACACAAUAUCAGCGCUUGAGCGUGAGCACAGGAUCCUAGUAGUGCGCACCAAGAAGGAUAAUAUCCCACGCUUCGUCUGGCCCAAUGAUCCGUCGCUGCACCACAAGGUUCAGCCAGAGUUCCAAAGCAUGUGGCAGCGUGUGCAACUACCACCCCUCGAGGAGAUGCACCGCAAGCUUACCAGCGUCGGACAAAAGCCCACAAGCGAAGAUCCCCGCAAGGCAAAGGAUGGACAGGCCAACAAGCCCAAGGUUCAGAAACGUCGCAAGGGCAACAGGAUCGGCAAGGCGACCAAUGUGCACAUGGCGCAUCUCAUGCAAGACUACAGUGGCAUGCGACGAUAG